AUGGGGCAGCAGGUAGGCCGGGUCGGCGAGAGCACCUCUGGGCUCCAGCCUCCGCAGCCCCACACCUCUCAGCCCCACCAGGGGAAGGGCAGCCGGAGCAGCGCUGUGAGGAGACCCCGAGACCCCGGUUGUAUUCCUGGUACACCCCCGGGCAGGUCUGCCAUGGGCAUGACUCUAGAUCCAGGGAUCAAUGUCUUCAAGUUUCACUCAGAAGUGCUCCGACCGUUUGGCCUUGAUUCUGCGGCAUUGACUGAAGCAGUGCGAUGGAGCUCCAAGGAGAACCUUCUGGGGGCGGCUGAGAGUGACCCCAAUCUCUUUGUAGCUCUUUAUGACUUUGUAGCCAGCGGAGACAACACACUAAGCAUCACUAAAGGUGAGAAGCUGCGGGUGCUGGGAUACAACCAGAAUGGCGAAUGGAGUGAGGUGCGCUCCAAGAAUGGCCAAGGCUGGGUGCCAUCCAACUACAUCACCCCCGUCAACAGUUUGGAGAAACACAGCUGGUACCAUGGGCCUGUGUCUCGCAGCGCCGCGGAGUAUCUCUUAUCAUCCCUAAUCAACGGAAGUUUCCUUGUUCGAGAGAGUGAGAGCAGUCCAGGGCAGCUCUCCAUCUCUCUUCGCUAUGAGGGGAGAGUCUACCACUACCGCAUCAACACUUCAUCUGAUGGAAAGGUGUAUGUCACAUCUGAGAGCCGGUUUGCAACGCUGGCUGAGCUUGUCCAUCAUCACUCCACUGUAGCGGACGGCCUAGUCACCACACUACACUACCCUGCGCCAAAAUGUAACAAGCCCACAGUGUACGGAGUGUCUCCCAUCCAUGACAAGUGGGAGAUGGAGCGGACAGACAUCACCAUGAAGCACAAGCUGGGCGGAGGCCAGUAUGGAGAGGUCUAUGUCGGAGUGUGGAAGAAGUACAACCUAACAGUGGCAGUCAAGACACUAAAGGAGGACACUAUGGAGGUUGAAGAGUUUCUCAAAGAGGCUGCUGUAAUGAAGGAGGUUAAACACCCAAACCUUGUUCAGCUUCUCGGUGUUUGUACUUUGGAGCCUCCAUUCUACAUAGUCACAGAGUACAUGCCUCAUGGAAAUCUGUUGGACUACUUAAGAGAAUGUGACAAGGAUGAAGUAAAUGCUGUUGUACUUCUAUACAUGGCUACACAAAUCUCAUCUGCCAUGGAGUACCUAGAAAAGAAGAAUUUUAUCCACAGAGAUCUUGCUGCAAGGAACUGUCUGUUUCCAAUUAAAUGGACUGCACCGGAAAGUUUGGCCUAUAACACAUUCUCCAUCAAAUCAGAUGUCUGGGCUUUUGGUGUUCUACUUUGGGAAAUUGCUACUUACGGCAUGUCACCAUAUCCAGGAAUUGAUCUUUCCCAGGUUUAUGACCUCCUUGAGAAAGGUUAUCGCAUGGAACAGCCUGAAGGCUGCCCGCCUAAGGUCUAUGAACUGAUGCGAGCUUGUUGGCAGUGGAGUCCAUUGGACAGGCCCUCUUUUGCAGAAACCCACCAAGCUUUUGAAACAAUGUUCCAUGAUUCUAGUAUCUCUGAAGAAGUUGCAGAGGAGCUCUGUAAGACUGCCUCCUCAAGUCAUUGCGGGCCGCUGCAAACGUUUGGUCACAACAUGCCAUUGCUCCCAUCCAAAUCUCGUACAUUGCUCAAGCAUGUGGAAAACAAAGAAAACAUAGAGAGUGGACUGGAUGGCCGACCUGACCACAGCCUCCAAGGCCACUCAGGCUGGGCUUCUGUUUUGGGCGGUGACGGUAGAAGCAGCUCUCCAGCAUUACCAAGAAAGCAACAGAACUCUCAGGGGAACCGAUUUAAACUGCUCUCUGAGCAAGCAGAAAGGGACCGGCCGCGACUGGUUAAACCCAAGUGUGCUCCCCCUCCGCCUCCCACGCUGCGCAAUCUUCAGCACUCCAACAGCACAGAGGGAGAGGAGCCGGCUGGUACAGGUCUUGUCGAGAUGAACGGAGAUACAUUAAAAGGUCAUCGAUCAGUGCGGACUUCUGGAGGGGCAAGACCGUCAGUGCCACCACCACAAGUGCCUCUGGCUUCUGGAGCUCUUGCCACAAACACUACCCCUGCCAAAAUGGCAAAUGGUGCUACCACUGCUUCAUCCAAAGUGGCACUGCGACGAACCAGGCAACAAGCUGAAAGAGUGCCACCAGAGCGGGUCAGCCGCGUGGCUCUGCUCGAAUGUGUGGAGUGUCUCAGCAGUGCCCUCAAUGUCAGCUCUGAAAGUUCCUCCAGCGGUCAUGUGCUGGAUGCUGGCCACCAGCUGCUAGACUACUGCUCAGGGUAUGUAGACUGCAUUCCUCAGAUGAGAAACAAAUUUGCCUUUCGGGAGGCAGUGGGCAAGCUCGAGAUUACCCUGCAAGAACUGAGGGCCUCGUCAUCUGGAAGUGGAGUUGUGGUAAAGAUGGCGUCCAUCAUGGAGGGGCCGCUUAGCAAGUGGACCAACGUAAUGAAAGGCUGGCAGUAUCGUUGGUUUGUUUUAGAUUACAAUGCUGGACUGCUGUCUUACUAUACGUCCAAGGAUAAAAUGAUGCGUGGAUCCAGAAGAGGUUGUGUGAGGCUCCGGUUUUUUUCUUCCUCCUUUCCCCCAAACCCCACCCCUGUCCCUGCUUGUGCCGUCCCUGCGCUCCAAAAGCAUGUACAUGAACCAAAUGGUGCAGUCAUUGGGAUCGAUGAUGAGGAUGACAGCACAUUCACUAUCACUGUGGACCAGAAGACCUUCCAUUUUCAAGCUCGAGAUGCAGAUGAGCGGGAGAAGUGGAUCCACGCCUUAGAGGGAACAAUCCUCCGUCACACCCUCCAGCUCCGGGAGGCAGAAACAGGAUUCGUUCCCAGUGUCCAGGACUUUGACAAGAAGUUAGCUGAAGCUGAUGCCUAUCUCCAAAUUCUGAUUGACCAGUUAAAGCUGUUUGAUGAGAAGAUCAAGGACUGCAAAGAGGAUGAAUCUCAUAGAAAAAUAGAAACUUUAAAGGAAACUACAUGUAGUAUGGUAGAAUCCAUCAAGCACUGUAUCGUAUUGCUGCAAAUUGCCAAGGACCAAAGUAACGAACAGCAACACGCAAACGGACUUAUAAGCACCAUCAACCCUGUGGAUGGGAUCUACCAGCCCCCCCUGGACGCCCCUGUAGUCAACGCCACAAUGCCAACGCAGGCAACCCUCCCCUCUGAUGCUCAGGUGUGUAAAUCAGACCAACGACCUUCAACGUUACCCGUUGGACCCGGUACAGUGAUGGGCACUUUGCAGACGCCUACUCCUAACAGCACAGGGAGCGGCCCAUCAGUCCCAAGCAGCGGCGUUACAUCCCCGGCUCACAUUCCUUUACCCUCACAUUCAGUGCCAGACUUCUCCUAUUCCUCCAGUGAAGAUGAGUUUUAUGAUGCUGACGAGUUUUACCAGAGUAGCACCUCGCCGAAACACUGCAGAGAUCCCUCAGGGCCUUCAGCUACUUCUUCCAAACCUAACGAAAAAACCACAUUGAAGCGACCCAACACCACAGAGUCCCUGACCUCCUCGAUGUCCAAUGGCACCACAGAUGCAGAGCAGUUUGACAGUCACGAUGACCGCGAUGACGAUGGCGAGGGGGAGUCCGUGGAGGAGCACAAGAGUGUCAUUAUGCACUUGCUCUCUCAAGUUCGACUGGGCAUGGAUCUCACAAAGGUGGUCCUGCCUACCUUUAUUCUAGAAAGAAGAUCUCUGUUAGAAAUGUAUGCAGACUUCUUUGCACACCCUGACUUGUUUGUAACUAUUGCUGAGCAGCCUGAACCCAGAGAGCGCAUGGUUCAGGUUGUGAAAUGGUACUUGUCAGCAUUCCACGCAGGAAGGAAAGGCUCAGUGGCCAAAAAACCUUACAAUCCCAUAUUAGGAGAGAUCUUCUACUGUCACUGGGAUCUGCCAAAUGAGAACGAGGAGAUUUCUGCGCCAUUGGAGACCGUCUCAGAUGGGCCCGUCCCGUGGGCUUCUUCUAAUAGUGUGUGUUUUGUAGCAGAGCAGGUUUCCCAUCAUCCUCCUAUUUCUGCCUUUUAUGCAGAAUGUUUGAACCGGAAGAUCCAGUUCAACGCUCAUAUCUGGACCAAAUCAAAAUUCCUUGGCAUGUCCAUUGGCGUUCACAAUAUUGGUCAAGGUUGUGUCUCCUGUCUGGAGCAUGAUGAACAUUAUAUUCUUACAUUUCCAAAUGGAUAUGGCAGAUCUAUCCUGACUGUUCCUUGGGUGGAGCUAGGUGGGGAGUGCAACAUCUCAUGCUCAAAGUCGGGAUACAGUGCCAACAUUGUUUUUCACACAAAACCAUUCUACGGAGGAAAGAAGCACCGAAUUACUGCAGAGAUUUUUGCACCAAACGAUAAGAAGUCCUUCUGCUCCAUUGAAGGGGAAUGGAAUGGAGUCAUGUACGCUAAAUGGGCGUCUGGAGAAAACACUGCUUUCAUCGACACCAAAAAUAUGGGUUUAAUCAAGAAAAAGGUUAGAAAGCUAGAAGACCAGCUGGAUUAUGAAUCCAGAAGACUGUGGAAAGAUGUCACUCAAAACUUGAAGCUGAAAGACAUUGAUUCAGCAACAGAAGCGAAACAUCAUUUGGAGGAGAAACAGAGAGCGGAGGCCAGAGAAAGAAAAGAGAAUGAGAAGCAAUGGGAGACCAGGUUAUUUCACGAAGACGGGGAGUGCUGGGUCUACGAUGAGCCACUACUAAAGCGGAUAAUUGACCAGAAGGAUUGA